CGCACUGGGAGCUUGGGAGGCUGAGGCCACCCAGCAGAUAAAAGCUGCAUCGUGCCGGGGUUGGCAGUUUGCUGGGUGCCAACUUGGAUCUUCUGGGCCGCGGAGUUUUUCUUUAGACACUUUUGAACUUAGGGAUUUAAGUUAUUCUCUUUACUAUUGGCACUUUGGUCUCCAUACUCAAGACUUGUUUUCAAAACUUCAGUGUAGUUUGCGGUUCGUGCCCAUUAGAAGAGAGUCCAGUCUGACAGCAUGUAAAAUGUUUCUGUUUGUCACUAUGGCUCUUGCUGUUGGACUCAAUUUUAAAUGGCACGAAGAUGGAUGUUUAAUAGUUAGAUGUGUUCAUGGUAGGUGAGAGUGAACUGGUUUAAAGUACAAUGUUAAUAGUACAGAAUCUGCUGACUUUCAGCAAUUGGGAAAAUGUUGUCGAUGAUACUCUGCUUCUAUUCUGAAUCACUGAUCGACUAUACCCGAUGUUUUCGUUUCCGUAGCUGGUAGUUGCUGCCAGUUCUGACGUUGUCUUGUGUCAAGUGGAUUUUGUCCCACAUUUUUUUGUCUCCAGACGUUGGUGUGUGGCACGAUUCGAAGAAGAGUGCCACAAUGGUGCGCAUGAAUGUCCUGGCGGAUGCUCUCAAGAGCAUCAACAAUGCCGAAAAGAGAGGCAAACGCCAGGUGCUUAUUAGGCCGUGCUCCAAAGUCAUCGUCCGGUUUCUCACUGUGAUGAUGAAGCAUGGUUACAUUGGCGAAUUUGAAAUCAUUGAUGACCACAGAGCUGGGAAAAUUGUUGUGAACCUCACAGGCAGGCUAAACAAGUGCGGAGUGAUCAGCCCCAGAUUUGACGUGCAACUCAAAGACCUGGAAAAAUGGCAGAAUAAUCUGCUUCCAUCCCGCCAGUUUGGUUUCAUUGUACUGACAACCUCAGCUGGCAUCAUGGACCAUGAAGAAGCAAGACGAAAACACACAGGAGGGAAAAUCCUGGGAUUCUUUUUCUAGGGAUGUAAUACAUAUAUUUACAAAUAAAAUGCCUCAUGGACUCUGGUGCUUCCA